AUGAUGGAACAACUAACCACCGCCCCAGUUCUAUCGACUCCAGAAGUACAUAUAUUUGAAGAUCCCACACCUUCGAUCAAAAAAGAUGAUCUCCCUAAGCUUUCAGACGAAGAGUUAUACGAUGUUUACGAGAUUUCGCGGACGGUGAAUGAGAUUCGAGAAGGAGGAUGGAAGAAAAUAGCUUUACAGUUCUCGGAUGGAAUGUUAUCAGAUGCACCGAGAGUUUUUCAAGAAUUGGAGAAUAGACUUCGAAAAUUACCUACGGAACCAAGUUCGAGCGAAACCCCAAAGGAUGAAAGCUCGAGCCUAGAAACAGACUUCAGCAAUCCACCUACGAACGUCGCGACAUCGAGUAUUCGACAUAAAUUAUACAUAUUGGCAGAUACGUCUUAUGGAUCUUGUUGCGUCGAUGAAAUCGCCGCUGAGCAUGUCGAUGCGCAAGUCGUCAUUCAUUAUGGCCGCGCUUGUCUAUCCCCUACCGCACGAUUACCUGUGAUUUACGUCUUCACAUCCCGCCCGCUGAACCUUGAAUCGGUCAUUCAAGCUUUCGAAAACACGCAUAAAGAGAAGUCCGACAAAAUUGUCAUUAUGGCUGAUAUUACAUACCACUCGCAUAUUUCACCUCUAGUCGCCCAAUUACGAAAUAGAGGCUUUGAAAAUAUACUUGCGCCGGAAAUUACACACAACCCCAGUGCCACAAUACCGAACCGAAAGUUAGAUGAAGGGGUAGAUAUGAAGGAUUAUAGUUUAUUCCACAUCAGCGAGCCACCAUCUGCGUUACUACUUACGUUGUCGAGUAGAGUUAAGGAGAUGCAUAUUUAUUCUACAGAUUCUACGACCGGAAACGAAACGACGAAAACGAACACAGCAAGAGCACUCAUGCGGAGAUACGCCUUACUGACAUCACAGUCUUCCUCUUCAGUAUUUGGUAUCCUGAUAAACACUUUGAGUGUAACGAAUUAUUUACCCACGGUCAAUUCCCUGGCAUCACUUAUAAGAUCAAAGGGAAAGAAAUCCUACACGUUUGUGGUAGGGAAGGUCAAUGCUGCGAAGUUGGCGAAUUUCAGUGAAAUUGAUGGAUGGGUAGUGGUAGGAUGUUGGGAGAGUAGUUUGGUAGAAGGGGAAGCAUUAUUCAAACCAGUUAUUACACCCUUCGAAUUAGCGUUGGCUUUACAGAGUGAUGAUGAGCGAGUCUGGGGUGGUGAUUGGGUUGCAGACUUCAAUGCUUUGAAUUUGCAAGCUACCACUGUUCCUACUUCGUCAGCGGAACCGACUGAAUCAAACAAUCAGGAUUCCGAAGCAGCAAAUCCAACCGAGGACUCAGAAGACUCCGAGGAAGAAUCGAUGCCCCCAGAAUUUGAUCUUCGAACUGGCCGAUACGUCUCACAUUCUCGACCUAUGCGCUCUUCUCAGACGACUUCGUCAGAGCCCAAGAAAACGUUGGAGAAUGGGUUACAGCCCAACGCAUCGAAUAAACUGGUCAAGAGAGCAAAAAUGGAAAUGGCGACCGUCAAUGGAGAGGUUAGUCCUGGUGCAGAAUAUCUAAGAGAGAAGAGAACUUGGACAGGUUUGGGUAGUGAUUACGAUAAAGAGGCUAUUGAUGAAGGCAAAGAAAGAGAAGUUGCUGCGGUUGUUGAAGAAGGGAGAAGUGGUGUAGCAAGAGGAUAUACGGUUGGUGAAGACGCUUCGCGGAGUUGA